AAUGCUGAAGCAUAUCCUGAUGGGGCAACCGUCGUCAGCGGGCUCCAGGCACCAGCACAAUGACUACCAGGCGAGCUCGGGCUCGUUGCACGGCGGCCACCACCACCACCAUCAUUCUGGUCACCAACAGGAUCAACAGCAACACCAUCAUUACAACCAAAACAACAACGUUCGUGGAACGACAGGGGGAAGCCAAGGAUGGGGAGUCGACGUUUACGACUCGGUGGUCCAUCAAAGAGCCAACGUGCAUCAGGCUGCCACCACGCCAUCUUCCACUCACAGACACCCUUUGAAUCAUUCUCAGUUGAGCGUGAACAAUCUUUCUCAACGAUUGAAUCACUCGCACGCUCUUAAUCUGUCCACGUUGUCCACGUCGAAGCAUUCUGUGAACAGCGUCAGUCCUGUUGCCGGUGGGAAUAACAAUAACAAUAAUAAUAAUCUGUCGACUACAUUGGGGGUGAUAUCCCCGGCGCCGCUGCACCAGGACAGCAGACCUAAAGCGAAUGGAGGCUUUGAUAUCUCGAGACUGUCCAGAUUACCCAGUCAGGCGACACCUUCGCCUGCACCUGCUCUUCAGGGUACGACUACCGGGGGACAGUUAACCGGUCCCGGUUCCACGGCGUACCCCUUGAACGCUUCCUGGUCGUCGUCCCUGUCAAGGAAUCACAAGGACCACGAGGUUAGCGCGAAAGAGACGUUGACCAGUUUGGGUUUAUUGUGUCUAGUGUCGUUGUUACUGGCGCUACUCUCGUUGAUCUUCUUGCUGAAGAUCUCACCGUUAACGGUGACGCCGAGUAGCCUGAUCAGCCCGAAAGAGUAUACGAUUGUCUACGAGGUGACGUUAGCGCUGUGCGCACUCGCCCUCUCCCUAAACCUCUGCUGUCUCCUCAUGUGCGCUAUACAGUUCCUCUUCACUGUGAAACUCGUCAAGACUUCGUAUCAAGGACAUUGGAGUAACAAGUACCUGCAAAAAUCAUCCAUCAGCCGGAUAUGUGCUGUCGGAGGGUUUUUCAUUAGCAUUCCCGUCUUUCUAACUGGCAUGAAUCUAAAAGAUACUGUGAACUAUCUCUGAGUGUAUGAAAUCAGUUUAGAAAUCUAAUGGAAAUAAAGUUAAUUUUAACGCCGAAUAGUCAUUAUUUUUCUUAGAAAAAUAAAAAUGAUCGUCUUUUAGGGAAGUUUUAACAGAUUAAUUUAUAAAGAGCUGAAACAGAAUAUUCAUGUCAUGCAUGAAUACGGCUGGUGGAUGGAUCGAGAUCUAAUCUAAAGUUUACGUUGUGUCAUGCUAGUUUACACAGCUAUCAUUCGCUCGAUCGAUCGUUAAGCUGUUGAACUCGAUUCAAGACGGACAUUUUGACUCUGUUCAGAAGAAAACUGCGUUUUAAUAAAUUUGACGGAAUAGAAAUUAUGAUAGACUACAACGUUUUUUUAAUUAUAUCAUAAAAUUUAUUUAUUUUUUUUUUAAUGUCAUGUUAGAAACUUCAAAUACUGUCCAAAACUUCGAACGUAAUCGUUUUAGAAAUUUGUAAAUUACUUAACGACCAAAAAUAUUGAAUUCUCUAUUGUCUGAAGAUAGAUUCUCUAUAAUUUAAGUAAUUUAUUCGUCGAGAAUUGAUAUAUAAAGACUUAAAUAAUAAAUUAAUUGAAAAAUAAUUUGCGACUAGUAUUGAAAAUUUCAAUGAAAAGCAUAUGUAUAUAGUUUACGCUUCGAGAAUUAUAUGUAUUGAGAAUAUGUAUUUGCGCUGAUUCUUUGUCCCGCUUGUUAUGGCAUACGUGU